UUGUCGAUUAAUUGCUCGGGGUAUUUUGAUGAUUCGGGAAUUUGGAGUCUCUGGGUUUGUAAUUUAUCACCGAAAAUUAAUUCGCGUUUUCGUUGGGACUGGGAAUUUUUUACGAUCAAAUUGUUAGUGGUAUUGCCUGAAGUUUGACUCGAGUGGUGACGUCUGGGUACGGGACAGCAGCCAAUUGGAUAAUGAUAAAAUGGGGGAGAGUAUUGUCACUGGGACGGGACAGGAGACACCAUUUAGGCAACUGUCAUUUUAGAAGUUCGGCGAAGGGAAGUGGUGGAUAAUAAAGUAUCAAUCUCAACUGUAUUUUGGGAUUAAAUGCAGUACGACGAGACGUGUUGGGGUUGAAGAUACUCGAGGGACGUGGCUUACAUCUGGAAAAGGAUGGCGCAUGGUUCUCAAAAUUAUGGGUCGACAGACCAGAGGACAGAUGUACCUGAUGUGGGGUUCAGUCCAACUGAACUCUACAGCCUCAGUGAGAAUAUAACAACAAAUAUAUAUACGAUAAAUACUAGUUGGAAAACACUGGAGAGAGCUUUUAAGAACAUAGGGACUGGUAAAGAUAAUCAGGGGCUUAGGGACAAGGUGCACGUUACCCAGAUGAGUACAAAUCAAGUGGUCACCCAAACGAGUAAAGACAUUGCAAGACUGACUGUUCUGAUGAGGCGUGGUGAUAAACAGCAGAAGUUACAGAUAGAGAAAUUAACUACAGACUUCAAAGAGGCAGUACGAAGAUAUUCUGACAUGCAAAAAACUCUAGCUGAUAAGUGUAAGAGGCAUAUCUUGCCUUCCACUAAUCUCAUGGAUAGUCAGGAGGAUGGUGAUGCUGAACGUCAGGGCCUCAUGCAAGCCUACAUGGAUGAUGAGAAAAAAGCUGAGAUGAGAACUCUUGAAUUCGAACAGGGCUUGGUACUCGAACGAGAGGAUAGGAUAAAGCGAAUUGAGGGUGACAUCCUCGAUGUUAAUCAGAUAAUGAGGGAAUUGGGAGCAUUGGUGCAUCAACAGGGGGAUGCAAUUGAUACCAUUGAAAACAACAUUGAAAAUGUUCAUGGAAAUGCUGAACUCGGGGCGCAGGAGCUCGUGAAGGCCAGUAAUUACCAGAGUAAAUUCAGACGGAAAAUUUGCAUCCUCCUAAUAAUAGCCGUUAUCGUCCUCAUUAUACUGACUAUAAUUCUAGUCACGAAAUUGAGUUAGCGCUUCCAGCCGCUGUAGAUUACAUUUCGUUGAAUCGAAUCGGGAGCUGUCUCAAUCACCUUUACUAUUUUUAUUGCUAGAAAAUGAAGAAGAAACCUAUGUCUAUUUGUUUUAAAUCUAAAUUCUGAAAACGCACAAAUCGAGCAAUCUCGACAAAUUGUUUUUCAUUGUAUAGAAUUUAAGUAGAGGGGAUUCGUUAUUGUCAGUUGUCGAUAGUGAAAAAUUUAAUUAAAUAAUUACGAGCCCUGUGUUAGCUCAGUUGAGCAUGAAAAUCGAUUGAGACAACUCAAUUAAAUUGAAGACCCAACUCGAGUCUUAACUGAAUAAUUGUUAGGCAUUCCAGGAUAAAAGGAAGAUAAAACAAACUGAAAAUUAAAUCAUCACUUACCACCUAUCAUAAACUAUUACCUUGAUAUUGUAUAUACCGCUAAUGAAUUAUCGUUCUCGAAAGAUACGAAGUAUCAUUGUAACACAUUGCGUUAGGUAACUGUUAACUUGUACGCGAAAUCAAAGUGAUAAUGUAAUUAAACUACGAAAUAUCAAAACAGAAAAUUUUAAAACCUACAUAUAUUAAAAAUUAUACUUGCUGUA